CGGCGCCUACGGUCUCCGAGUCGCUGCUGCUCUCGCUCGGCUGCCAGCCUUCUCAGCCAGUCAUGUUGCAGCAUCUGAGCUCACUGCCCACGCAAAUGGAUUACAAGGGCCAGAAGCUAGCUGAACAGAUGUUUCAGGGAAUUAUUCUUUCUUCUGCAAUAGUUGGAUUUAUCUACGGGUACGUGGCUGAACAGUUCGGGUGGACUGUCUAUAUAGUAAUGGCCGGAUUUGCUUUUUCGUGUUUGUUGACCCUUCCUCCAUGGCCCAUUUAUCGCCGGCACCCCCUCAAGUGGUUACCUGUUCAAGACUCAGGCUCAGAAGACAAGAAACCAGGGGAAAGAAAAAUUAAGAGGCAUGCUAAAAAUAACUAAUUAGGGUUUUCAUGAUUUAGCUUUACUGUUGCACCUGCUUUUGUUUUGUGUGAGGAGCUCAAUUGUUUUCAUACCCAAAACAUGAGCUAAAACCCACUGCUGCUCUUUCAGCACAGCUGCGUGUAGAUUUUGUUCUUUAUAUUUCACUUCUAAUUCAGCUGGAUUUUGAUUUAUAAAUAUUUUAGACCGUCUCUUCAUAACCUUCCUUUGAAAUGAGAACAGAAAACACAAGUAUGCAAAGUUUCUUUCAGGUCUACCAAAAUAAUGAAUAAAUGCCUCAUAAA